UCCCACUGUUCGUUUAUCUUUUCGUGUUCUGAUUGGAGUAUGGGUGUUAAUGGCCACAGUCAUUGUCAACAGUUAUUCAAGCACAGUCAUUUCGUAUUUGACGAUACCUAUCCUGAAACUACCUAUCAACACAUUCGAAGAUCUAGCUUCCAGUAAAGACGUCGGUAUAAUUCUCUAUGAAGAUAUCAUAAUAAGCAAACAAAUAUUGGAAGAAAAAUCAGGCGCUCUUAAGAUUCUAGGAGAUCAAGCUCGCAACAAUCAAGAUCGAUUAUUUACCGAUUCGGCGAAACUGAACACUCGUUUAGCAACUGGUCGUUAUGCUUAUCCAUACGUACAAACCUUCUGUAAAUUUUACGUUGUCAAUCAAUUCAAAAAGGAUGGCAAAUGUCGUUUCCGAAUGACUGAUCCUCUACCUAUUCAACCGGGAUUCUUUUCGAUCGUUCUUCAGAAGAACAGCAAGUUUACGUCAAUGUUUAACAGAGCUGCGAUGGAGCUCUGGGAAACCGGACUCGUUCCGUUUUGGUUAAAAAAUGCAUUUCCACAAGCACCACAAUGUUUCGUCCAACCGUCUCGGAAGUCUACCCGUCUGGUGCCGAUUUCAUUAAAAGACCUUAUGGGUGCUUUUUUUAUUUUUUCCAUUGGCGUUGGCCUGUCGGCGUUCACUUUUCUUGCGGAGAAGAUCUUUCACUUCAGAAAGUGAUGUGUGGCUUCGACAAGCCCGAUGAAACAAUAGGCCUCUUAUUAGCAAACUUACCGGUGCACUUCUAUGUAGUCAUAUGUAGCCUUAAAUGCCAUAAUAUUGCCGAAUAUUGCAUCUUCUUGCUUGAUCAGAAAAUGCUCAUGUGAAUGAAGAAAUACUUUAUGCUUCAUAGCGGAACAAGUAAACCUGAAUGACACAGAACAUAAUUAUAAAGCAGAUAAUGCAUUGAUUAUAUUUAUUAUUUAACUAAAUGUGGGAGAAGUUGGAAAGAUGGAACAUUUGCAUGUAAUAAUUCUGCUCCACUCACAAAUAAACAAAUCUAACCGA